UGUUGGGGUAGCUGCACAAGCUUGGUUCAAUGUUAAAAAGAGUCUUUUGGGAAACAUGCUAGCUCUCUCGCAGGGGUGCAAAGGCCAACCUUUGCUUCCACAGCUUCAUCCAUUUGGCGAAUCUGCUGUUCUUUUCGCUGGCUGGCUUCUCAGGGGCCGGACGGGAAGUUUGUGGAAUCUGCUGUGGAAAGAACGACACGAGGGUUUCUUAGGCAGCCACGGUCAUGGCGGCGGCCUCCCCUAAGGCCGGGGCCUCCGUGCCUGAGGCUCGGGGUUCCGCUGAAGCCCCACUGCAGUACAGCCUUCUUCUGCAAUACCUGGUGGGUGACAAGCGUCAACCCCGGCUCCUGGAGCCUGGGAGCCUGGGCGGAAUCCCGAGUCCGGCCAAGAGUGAGGAGCAGAAGAUGAUCGAGAGGGCGAUGGAAAGCUGCGCCUUCAAGGCAGCGCUGGCCUGCGUGGGAGGAUUUGUCUUGGGAGGUGCAUUUGGAGUUUUUACUGCUGGCAUUGAUACCAACGUAGGCUUUGACCCUAAGGAUCCUUACCGUACACCGACUGCAAAAGAAGUUCUCAAAGACAUGGGACAGAGAGGAUUAUCCUAUGCCAAAAAUUUUGCCAUUGUGGGUGCCAUGUUUUCCUGUACUGAGUGUCUGGUAGAAUCUUACCGGGGCAGAUCAGAUUGGAAGAACAGUGUCAUCAGUGGCUGCAUCACUGGAGGAGCCAUUGGUUUCAGAGCUGGCUUAAAGGCUGGGACCAUUGGUUGUGGAGGUUUUGCUGCUUUCUCUGCUGCAAUUGAUUAUUACCUAAGGUGAGAGUAAUUGCCUGUGGGGAAGGAGGACGCCAUCCCAGGAUCAAAGCUGGUUUUCCGGAGGAGAGUUCCUGUACCACUUGGCACUUGCUUCAGGGGCUGAAGACAUUUGUUUUCCUUCAUAUAGUUGGUGUUUUGAGGGAGCCUCCUGGCUGCUCUCUGUCUCCAGCAGUCAGAGCAACCACACUCUGUGCCACUCCUGGAUUCCAGCCAGCCUUUUCAGGGAUGGCUAUGCCAGAUUGUCUCCUUGGAGCCUUCAGGAGACAUUGUGUUGACUGUUAGGAAUUAAACUCCACAAAGGCUCAGUCCUAACCACAUCCUGCCCUCUGGGUUAUGGGCACGGAGGUGGCAGUAUGUUCAUAUGUACCCAGGAAGCUCCUCUGCCUUGAAACACCGUGCAAGCAUCCAUCUCGCAUGCCAGGGCAGGGCAGAGUAAAUUCAUGCCAUCCAACCAAUUAUGUCAUUUUGUUUUGUUUAGUGUUCUGCCAUUCUUGUUAAAAGU